AUCCAUCAGGCACAAAAAGCAUAAAAGGAUUCUUUUGGGAUUUCAAAAGCUUUAUCUUGUUAAUUCAAAUAAAUAGCAGUGAACAGGGAGAGACAACUUCAUCAGAGGAUUAAGUCACAGGCUGUAAUUGGGACAGUGUGGAGUCAAAUAACCUCGUCAGAGGUCUCAAGGAAUUUAUGAGCAGUUGUCAAACUUCCUUUUCCUGUGAGUGAAGUAGGGACCAGAAGAAGCAGGUAUUGGUGGAAGGAGCAGUCCUUGGAGAAGCCGCAGGAUGCAGCCUGAGAAGAGACAAAAGAGAAAAACCUUCAAGCAGAGACUGGUUCUAAAAAGCAGCUUAGCUAAAGAAACACUCUCCGAGUUCUUGGGCACAUUUAUAAUGAUCGUCCUUGGAUGUGGCUCUGUUGCCCAAGCUACCCUCAGUCGAGGACAUUUUGGAGGAAUCGUCACUAUCAAUGUUGGAUUUGCAAUGGCAGUCUCAAUGGCCAUUUAUGUGACUGGAGGUGUCUCUGGUGGCCAUAUCAACCCAGCUGUGUCUUUGGCAAUGUGUCUCUUUGGACGGAUGAAAUGGUUCAAAUUGCCUUUUUAUGUGGGAGCCCAGUUCUUGGGAGCCUUUGUAGGGGCCGCAGCCCUCUUUGGUAUUUACUAUGAUGGACUUAUGUCCUUUGCUGGUGGGAAACUACUCAUCGUGGGAGAAAAUGCAACAGCACACAUUUUUGCAACAUACCCAGCUCCUUAUCUGUCUCUGGUGAAUGCAUUUGCAGACCAAGUACUGGCCACCAUGUUUCUCCUCAUGAUUGUCUUUGCCCUCUUUGACUCCAGAAACUUGGGAGCCCCCAAAGGCCUAGAGCCCAUUGUCAUUGGCCUCCUGAUUAUUGUCCUUUCUUCCUCUUUGGGGAUGAACAGUGGCUGUGCCAUGAACCCAGCUCGAGACCUGAGUCCCAGACUUUUCACUGCUUUGGCAGGAUGGGGGUUUGAGGUCUUCAGAGCUGGAAAUAACUUCUGGUGGAUUCCUGUAGUGGGCCCUUUGGUUGGUGCUGUCAUUGGAGGCCUCACCUAUGUUUUUAUCAUUGAAAUCCACCAUCCAGACCCUGACUCUGACUUGGAGGCAGAACAAUCCGAAGACAAACCAGAGAAACAUGAACUUAGUGUGAUAAUGUAGCAGCAUGCUCAGUUCUAGGUUUACAACUGGCUGAGCUGAUGUUCUCUUCAGGCAAGAAGUCAUCUAGGUGUCUAUGUUUUCAUAAAACUGGGGUGGACCUGCCCAAUG